CAUAAAGCACGUAAAUGUCACUUGCGGUCUCAUAUUGAACAAAACAAAGUAUUCGCAACUCAUCAAAUCUUGUUUAAAUAGUAUGGAUUGGAAACGGUUCUUCAUCGACAGAUGCCCGCCUAGUGCGUAUUAUAUCCCCAAUUUUCUAACAUUACAAGAGGAAAAACUUAUACUAUCGAUGAUUGUCAAAACACCAAAACCUCGCUGGACGCAACUUUCCAAUCGCCGUUUGAUAAACUACGGAGGAGUUCCACAUCCAAAAGGCAUGAUAACAGAAGAAAUUCCCACAUGGUUGCAAAGUAUUGUAGGCAAAGUUAACCAACUGAAUGAAGUGUUUGACGGCGAACGGGAAGCCAAUCACGUUCUUGUUAACGAAUACCUCGCUGGCCAGGGGAUAAUGCCACAUUCAGAUGGUCCAUUAUUUCAUCCCACAAUUACAACCGUUUCCUGUGGUUCCCAUGCUGUUCUAGAGUUCCAUGAACCCUACAAUGACGGUGAGGUAAAUUGUCCGCAAAAGAGACAACCCGUUGCAAAAUUACUCGUUCAACCAAGAAGUCUUCUCGUGCUUAAAGAUGACCUCUACCACAAGUAUUUGCAUUCGAUAGCGGAAUUCACAGAAGACACUAUUGACGAAAGCAUCGCUAACUUAACGAGCGAAGAUGUGAAUGUCCGACUGGGAGAUAUCAUGGAGCGGGGAACGCGAAUAUCACUGACGAUUAGACAUGUACCGAAAACUUCCAAAGUAAAAAUAAAACUACGUUAGAUACGUUCUUCGUCAGAAAUAUGUUGCAUUGA